CCUCCGUCUCAAACUGAAAACCCAACUGGAUCCAAGCCUGCCUGAAACCUCACGAAAAUCAAUGAGGACCUGCAGCCUCCUCGUCGCCAUUGCCGCCGCCAUUGCCGCCGCGGCCACCACCCCCGUCACGGCGACCCUACAUGGGGGUUGGGGAGUUAUCCCCGACGUCGAGGACGCUCACGUCCAGGAGAUCGGCGCGUGGGCGGUGGCGGAGCACGUGAAGCGCGCCAACGACGGGCUCAGGUUCGGCAAGGUGGUGAGCGGCGAGGAGCAGGUCGUGUCCGGCGCGAACUACCGGCUGGACAUCGUCGCUGUGAACCUCGCCGGACAGAACGCCACGUACAACGCCGUCGUGUCCGAGCAGAUCUGGACCAACACGCGCAAGCUCCUCUCCUUCGACCGGGUCAAGUGAGCGAGUGACAAUCCGUAAUUUUAGCAUGGAGAGAUUAGGUUGUGUUGAUCCAGAAUUUUGGAUGUAAUAAGAGAUAGCGACCGUGCUAUCCGGGUUUUAUGGGACACCUU